GAUCGUCGCUGUCGUAAAAGCCAACCUGCCGCAAACCGGCUGACGUGUCUGUUUAAAGAUGAUGACUCUGGUGUCAACAAGAAGCCGGGAUAAAAAUAUAUCCUCGGCCCCGAAUUUUUGAUGCGGAUCCAACUGCAGAAUCAUGGCGGAGGGGAUCCACAGGAGUAACAUCGUCAGGGACUUGGGGUGCCGGACAAUCGGCUUACUCCAUCCCAGAGACUUUGUCGUCUCUACGACCGGUUAUACCAGUUUCAUCCAGAGACUGCAGCUGCACAGUAAAUUGCCAGUACACACAGGAUGUGUGAACAGUAUCUGGUGGUCGGACGACGGAGAACACAUUUUAUCCGGCAGUGACGACACCAACCUCUGCAUCACCAAUGCUUGGACUGGGAAGAUUGUUACCUCCAUCAGAUCGGGCCAUCGGGCGAACAUUUUCAGCGCCAAGUUCAUGCCGCACUCUGGGCUCGGGCGCGUGGUGUCGUGUUCUGGGGACGGAAUCCUGUACUACACAGAUGUAGAGAGGGAAAAUACCUGGGGCUCCAACGUCUUCAACUGUCACUAUGGCACCGCUUAUGAGCUGCUCACACUGGACAGCGACCCCAACACGUUUCUAUCCUGCGGGGAGGAUGGGACAGUUCGGUGGUUCGACAUCCGUCUCAAGACCACCUGUACAAAAGACAACUGCAAAGAUGAUAUUCUGAUAAAAGCCCACCGUGCUGUAACAGCCAUUGCUGCCAACCCCCACACGCCAUACCACCUCGCGGUCGGCUGUUCCGACAGCUCUGUACGACUGUUUGAUCGCAGAAUGCUGGGAACUAAAGGGAGUGGUGGUGUAUGUGGGAAGGGUACACUCGGCGUGUUCUGUCGUUUCUGCCCGCCGCCGCUGAGCAACAAAUCGUGCCGCGUGACGUCCCUGAAGUACAGCAGUGACGGCCAGGACUUACUAGUCAGCUACUCCUCUGACUACAUCUACCUGUUCAGCCCCCAACACCUGACUCCUGACGGACAUGGGGGUGUCAAGUAUGAGGACUCUCACAGCACCAGCAAUGACCCUCCAGUGAAGAGGCUGCGGUUACGCGGAGACUGGUCAGACACUGGUCCGCAGUCACGGCCGGAGAGCGAACGUGACACCAGGGCUACCGAAAGUCCACAGCGUUCCCUGAUGCAACGCAUGACUGACAUGCUGCAGCGAUGGCUUGAGGACCCGGCCAGCUUCCGACAGUCGAUGCAGCCGCCCCAGGGCCAGGGGGCGGACUCCUCCCCGUCAUCCGACUCUUCCACUUCUCAAACCACGGCCGGAACGCCCUCACCUUCCAGACCAGACACCGCCGGAACACCCUCGCCUUCUAGAACAGAGGUGGUGGGAACAGCAGAGGCUGGAGCAGCAGACAGACAGAGCACAGAGCAGGGCAGCCAGCCAAAUCAGACACCUGAGGGAGAGACACCUGCUGAAGUGACAGGUGCAACAGCUGUAUCAGGUGCUACAGGUGUACCAGAUGCUACAGCUGUAUCAGGUGCUACAGAAACUCCUGCAGGAGACGCACCAACUGCAGAGACUGUCACUGCAGAAACUGCUGCAGGAGAGCCCCCUGCUGCAGACACAAGUACUGCAGUUGCACCUUCAUCAGGUUCAGAAACUGGUUCAGGAGAGCCCCCUGUUGCAGGGACAGGUACUGCAGCCAAAUCAGGUGCCAUUGGUGGAAAUGUAGAACGCGAAGAUACAAAGAGCACAGAAACAACGGAAAACAACUCUGGCAAGAAUUCUUGCAAACUGAAACCGUCGCAUAAGACUAAAGAUGCAAGUCCUAAGAAGGAAGUUACAGCCAAGGCUGAGGAGGAGGAAAAGAAAGUGAAAACUGAAAGUAAAACUGUAGAUAGGAACAAGUCUGAGACAUCAACUAAGAAAAACAGCAAGGAAAGGAAGGAAAGAAAAGACACAGAAACAAAUGUCUUAAGAGCGGACACUGCACAAGAGACAAGUCCAGUUUGUGAGAUCAAAGUUGUGGAUACUAGUGUAUUAACCACAGAAUCUAGUACUGAAACUCGAACUGGAGCUGUGCCCAAGACAGUAGAUGAUCACUCAAAACCUAAAGACGGUGCCAAGAAAACAGAAAUGUUGAGAAAAGAUUCUAAAGGUGAUAGCAAAGAGAAAAGUGGAGAAUCGCCUAGUUUGAAGGUCGAUUCUACUGAAGGUCAACAGGAGAGUUCCUUAGAACCUGGUGCAGUCGGAGGGAGUGAAGAAGGAACAGACAGUGACUUAAAGGACUUGAGCGUUGUUUCUCAAGACGAUGUGGUACGGCCCAAGAAACCUACAGUAGGGAGUGACAGCAGACAAUCCUCCCCACCGACGAGUGAGACAACCCCGCCCACCCCUCAGUCGGAUGAGCCAGUCCCGUCAGGAGAUAGCGAUGAUGAUGAAGAAGAAGACACAUCAAUGGCGGAGAGAUCGGGACGUCCGAUGUACGCCCGUCUCCAGGCGCUGAUGAAGAUGCGACGCGAGCAGAGAGAGAAAGAAGAGACAGAGUUGAGUCAGCUUCCAUGCCCGCCGCACAAGAUGAUCUACAAGGGCCACCGCAACGCCAGGACCAUGAUCAAGGAGUCCAACUUCUUCGGAUCCCAAUACGUCAUCAGUGGGUCGGACUGCGGUCACGUCUUCAUCUGGGAUCGUUACACCGGGAGGCUCGUGACGCUCUUCGAGGCGGACAAGCACGUAGUGAACUGUGUGCAGCCACACCCGAGGUACCCAGUCCUCGCCACGAGCGGGAUCGACUACGAUGUGAAACUGUGGAUGGCCAUGGCGGAGGAGGCGAGCUUUCCCGAGGAGGCACACGAAAUCAUGCACCGGAACGAGGCCAUGCUCGAGGAAACGCGGGACACCAUCACGGUCCCCGCGUCGUUUAUGUUGCGCAUGCUGGCGUCGCUGAACCACAUUCGCUCUGAGCAAACGGAUUCGCAACCGGCGGGGGAAGAGAGGAGACCCAGCGAAGACUGAGUGGAACUUGUUCAGUGCUUCUCUAAGUUACAUCCUCCCAGCUCACACUAUUUCUAUGUCUGCUAGUUUUUUCACAAAGCAUAAGUUUAAAAACAUAUUUCUCCUUCAAGAUAUAGCAUCCUAUACAACUUACCAAUAUUACCAUCUUGGUAACCACUGCACAAGGGGAACUGUUCACAGGGAUUCGAUUUUGUGAGAGAAAGAAAAAGGAGUGUUUUAAUACUGUUCAACCUGUCUUCAGUGGAAUACUCAGUACUGUAGUACAGACUCUAAUGCUGCACCAUUGUAUAUACCUACUCUUUUAGGAAAUCUCUCAAACAAUUCUGACAGCAUUUCUGAAAUAUAACCUGACUAAAUCACGCCUCUAGCAGCC